CUGACAACAAUUCACUUCACUUAUUUAUUCUUUUUUCAAUUCAACGUUGGAAUAUUCUCAAAAUAGAACGGUUUUUAGUUUAUGGGAUUUGAAAAAUUGAGUAUUUCAGAUUGUUUAAGUCCACAGAGCAAUGAAUGAAGAGCGCCUCCACAUUGAUUGGGGCAAUGAGAAGCUAUACCGUACCCAAAAACAAGUCGAGAAGAACCCCUACGAUCUUGAAGCAUGGUCUAUUCUACUCAGAGAGGCUCAAAGCAAGCAUAUUUCAGAAGUACGAGCUCUUUAUGAGCACUUGAUUACUAUUUUUCCAAGUGCGUCCAGAUAUUGGAGGAUUUAUAUUGAACAUGAGAUCAAAGCCAGAAAUUUUGAGAGAGUGGAAAAGCUGUUCCAAAGAUGUCUUAUACGGAUUUUGAACAUUGAAUUGUGGAAGUUGUAUUUGACCUACGUAAAAGAGACUAAAGCGUCUUUGCCGUCUUACAAGGAAAAAAUGGCCCAAGCCUACGAUUUCGCUCUCGACAAAAUUGGCAUGGACAUUCACUCUUUCAGUAUCUGGAACGAUUAUGUAAAUUUCCUGAAAGGCGUCGAAGCUGUGGGGUCGUAUGCAGAAAACCAAAAAAUCGGCGCUGUAAGAAAAGUCUACCAGCGGGGCAUUAUAACUCCAAUGACUGGCAUGGAAAGUUUGUGGAAGGAUUACAUUGUGUUUGAACAGAACAUCAACCCCAUAAUUGCUGAAAAAAUGAGCAUCGAAAGGAGCAGGGACUAUAUGAAUUCUAGAAGGGUAGCCAAAGAGUUGGAAGUGCAAAUAAGAGGGAUCAACAGAAAUGCUCCUAGUGUACCACCAAAUGGAAGCCCUGAAGAAAGGAAACAGGUGGAAUUAUGGCAGAAAUAUAUUGGAUGGGAGAAGAGUAAUCCCUUGCGUACAGAAGACACUGCGCUGCAUACAAAGAGAGUUAUUUUUGCUUUGGAGCAAUGUUUGCUUUGUAUGGGCCAUCAUCCAGAUAUUUGGUAUCAAGCUGCGCAAUUUUUGGAACUCAGCAGCAAAAUUUUGGCAGAGAAAGGGGACAUAAAUGCUUCAAAACUAUUCAGCGAAGAAGCGGCACACGUUUUUGAAAGGGCCACCAGUUCGCUUUUAAACCGUAACAUGCUCCUGUACUUUGCUUACGCAGACUACGAAGAAGGACGCAUGAAAUACGAAAAAGUCCAUCAAAUUUAUUCAAAAUAUUUGGAUAUCAAAGACAUUGAUCCUACGCUGGCCUACACUCAAUAUAUGAAGUUUGCCAGAAGAGCUGAAGGCAUUAAAUCGGCUAGAAGUGUGUUUAAACGGGCCAGAGAAGAUCCUAGAUCUCAAUAUCAUAUUUUUGUUUGUGCGGCUCUGAUGGAGUAUUAUUGUUCGAAGGAUAAAAAUAUUGCAUUCAGGAUUUUUGAAUUGGGUUUAAAAAAAUUUGCCGAUAUUCCUGAGUAUGUCACUUCCUAUAUUGACUAUUUGUCUCACUUGAAUGAAGAUAACAACACCAGAGUAUUGUUUGAAAGAGUCUUAUCCUCAGGAAGUCUUGGAAAUGAAAAAUCUGUCGAUAUUUGGAAUAAAUUUUUAGAAUUUGAAUCUAACAUAGGUGAUUUGCCUUCCAUAGUUAAAGUUGAAAAAAGACGAGCAGAAGUAUUAUCGAAAAUCAAAGAGUUUGAAGGCAAAGAGACUGCCCAACUGGUGGACAGAUACAGAUUUUUGGAUCUGUACCCCUGUACAGCUCAAGAAUUGAAAAGUAUAGGAUAUACUGAGGUUAUAAACUUUACAUCGGGAGUGGCAGGAAGAAAUCACUAUUUUCAGUCUAUAAUUAAUCAAGAAGUGGAAAGACCGCUACCAAAACCCGAUUACGCUCAAAUGGUUCCCUAUAAGCCCAAGAAUAAAGUUUUACCUGGUGAACAUCCAGUGCCUGGUGGAUCAUUUCCGAUGCCUCCAGCAGCUGCCCAUCUAUGCACAUCAUUACCACCACCAAAUUGUUUCAGAGGUCCCUUUGUACACAUUGAUAUUUUAAUGGACAUUUUCAACAGACUGCAUUUACCAGAGCAAGUUCCUGCCCCCACAGAACACGGAGACGUGAGGCUUUUUGACAUUGCCAAAUCGGUUCAUUGGAUUGUGGAAGAAAAUGGUGGUUUAGGGGUUAAAAGGCGAAAGAAACUAGGAUUAAGUUUGGAUGGAUCUGAUGAUGAAGAUUUGCAUUUGCCUCCAAUGAAUGAUAUUUACCGACAGAGGCAACAGAAGAAAGUUAAAAAUUAGAUUCAUAUAUUAUGACUAUAAUAUUGUGGUUUGCUAAGAAGAAAAUAAUUUGAUUAUAAAAUUUAUAUAAAAAAAAAACAAUUUUAUUGUUUUUAUAAUCUGCACAAUUUAUUAUCUAUCCUCUACCACCCUCUUGCUGAUUUCCUUUCAAAAUAUCUUUUAACAGCUUCAUCAAAGAUUUCCCCAACAGUCCUUUUUUUCCAUAUAUCGAUUUUAGGCUUUUUAGGUUUUUCAUUGUCAUUAUUUUUCUCAUCUUUUUCUUCAUCAUCGCCUUUCUUUGCCAGGGCAGCAUUAUCACUCAAAACAUUUCCUUUAGCUGGCAAUUGUAAUUUUUCACCCUCAUUUUCAACUGUUUUAUCUUUUUCUGUCUCAUCUUUUUUGUCAACAGUUUCUUCAUCAUCUGAAGAAUCAUCUACACUAAAAUCUGAAUCGGCGUCAAGAUUUGAAGGCAAGUGGGCUUUUUGAGUUUCAGUUUUUUCACUUUCUGAAACAGAUUUUUCAUCGUCACUAUUGAUGUCUUUUCGUGAUCUGUAUUUACGUCUUUUGCCUCCGGCUGUUUUACCAGUUUUUGUGUCUUCACAACUACUGGAUUUCCGUUUUUUUGACGUGGUUGCUUCACUUGUAUCUUCUUCUUUGAUAUCAUCUUUCUUUGUUUCUUCAUUAUCACUGCUAACUUCUUUUUUAAUAUCAUUUUCUUUUUUCUUAUCAUCAAAAUUCACUUUUUGAUCAUACAGAUGUCUGUAGAAUCCAUCCAAAUUACCUUGCUUAGUGACGUCACCAAUAGCUUCCAAAUAUGCUUCACGUUUUUCUUGUUCUUCUAAAACUUUGAAUUCUUCCAGUUUCUUUUUGUAGGCUGAUGUUACAAAGGAUUCUUUGUCUUUAAAUUCUUCGCCUGAA